AGAGAAAAAAAUAGAGACGUUCUACACAUGUUGUGGUGGAAAUCAAAUCUUUCCACCCUCUCCUCUCCCCUUAUACAACAGUCCUCUCCUCAGUUCCAAAACUUAAAUUCUUUCUCCUUUGGUGUUUCCAGUUUCUGCAUCCUUAUAUUCAUUUCACGUGGCAUUAAUUAUUACAAAAUUGACAGGGAUGCUAACUGUAUCACCUCUGAGCUACAAAACCACCAAAAAUGACAGGGAUAAUCACAUGGAAAGUUUCACGAUUGGAGGAGUCGAUGAUUUUCCAGAGUUUGGUGAUGGGAAUUUGCUCGAAAGCAUUGAUUUUGAUGACAUUUUCUUGGGGAUCAACGUCGACGAUGAUGUGCUACCAGAUUUGGAGAUGGACUCAGAGAUGCUUGCUGAAUUCUCAGUUAGUAGUGGCGACGAAUCUGAUCGUAUGAAUAGUUAUAAUACUACUACACCACCACUCCACGUAGAAGAACACAACUUUUCCAGAAACGAAGAAGUGGAAAAAGUUCCAUCAGAUUUGAAUCAGAAGAGUGAAAAAUCUAAACCCAAGUCAAAGGAAAAUGAUAAGUGCAAGAAAUCAUCGGGGCAAUCCAAAAAUCCAGAAGGGAAGAGAAAAGUGAAGGUGGAUUGGACGCCAGAGCUCCACAGGAGAUUUGUACAAGCAGUAGAGCAAUUAGGUGUAGAUAAAGCAGUCCCAUCUAGGAUUUUAGAACUCAUGGGUGUUGAAGGUCUCACUCGCCAUAACAUUGCUAGCCAUCUUCAAAAAUAUAGAGCCCAUUGGAAACAUUUGCUUGCGAGAGAAGCAGAGGCGGCAAGUUGGAGCCAAAGAAAACAAAUGUACGGCGGUGCAGCCGUGGUUGGAGGUGGCGGAAAGAGAGACAUAAACCCAUGGCCGUCAGCACCAACCAUGGGUUUUCCACCUAUGACGGCACCACCCAUGGUGCCGCCUCAUUUUAGACCUCUACACGUCUGGGGCCAUCCGCCCACCGAUCAAUCUAUGAUGCACAUGUGGCCGAAACAUAUAACGCCUCUUCCACCAGGAUGGGCACCGGUCCCUCCUCAUUCUUCACCACCUAUAGAUCCUUCCUUUUGGCAUUCACACCAUCAAAGAGUACUAAACUCUCUUGCACCAGGCACUCCUUGCUUUCCUUCACCAAUAGCGCCCACGAGAUUUCCAGUUCAGGGCAUCCCACCCCCUGCCAUGCUCAAAGCUGUCCCCACCGGAGCAGGCCAAAAUCUACCUAAACCUCCUUCUGAUUUUCAUCCUUCAAAGGAGAGCAUAGAUGCGGCCAUUGGAGAUGUUUUAGCAAAGCCAUGUCUGCCACCACCACCCCUCGGACUCAAACCUCCUUCAAUCGACAGUGUGUUGAAUGAAUUACAACGUCAAGGGAUUAAUAAAAUACCUCCAACUUAAAUUUAUGAGUUUCAAGCUGCGGGGUGGAAUUAAUUUUUUCGGGUUUUAAUUUCUUGGAUUGCUAAGAAUUAAACCCUUCAAUUCGACGACAUGGUUUCUUGCACUUGAUGCAUGAAGAUGAACUCAAUAUUCAUCUAUAAUGGGGAAAAAAAUCAUCUAUAAUGCGAGUAUUUUCCUCCUAACUUCUUGUACUCUUUUGUUCUUGUUUCCUUUUGCACAAGAACAAUGAUUUAACUUAAUAAUGGGUUGGCACAUGCAUGGAAUGGGCACUUGUGACUAUUUAAUUUGUCACCAAUUUGAGAAUCUAA